AAUUCGAUAAAAUAGUUUUGAAUGCUUUACGUUAUUUUAAAAAUUUAGUAAUGUGGUAAGACCUUAAUUCAUUCUUUGUUUAAAAUAUGUAAUAAUUAAUAACAACUUUAAUCAUUCCGAAUUUAUCACUUACAAAUAAUGAAAAGUAUUCUUUUGAAGAUGAAUCUGCCAGUUUUGUAGAAUCUUUCUUUUAGUUUUCGGAAUUUAAUUCAAGAAAAUCAGUCACCGUAGAACUUUUAAGGAAUUUAGCAAAAUAAUUCCCUUAAUAAUUGUUAUCAUAGAUAUAAACAUUUCUAUAAAUGUACAAAACUUAACUUGAUUAAGGAUAACCUUUUUAACCUUAGACAGAAAUAAUAUUACUUAAUUUAAUUAUUGAUGGAUCUACAGUGUGUUAUAGGGAUAAAGAUGGAGUUUCAGAAAUAGCUUUACCCGUAGAACUUAUAUCUUUUGUAUGGGAAAAUAUAAUUAAAAAAACACUUGCCAUAAUGUUUAUUGAUUUGACUUCAUCAUCAACAAGGCUUGUAGAAAACUAAUUUAUUCCUAUACACGCAGCUUAUUAUUUAAAAUUUGCUUUUUAUUUCAGAAAUUAUAUCCCUAAAAAUGAAAUUCUUGAACUUGCAAAGAUAUUUAGCUAUUUUCUUUAGACUAAUUCUGAAUCUCUUUUUGGAAUUUCAGCUAUUACUGUUGAAGGAUUACUUAGUUUAAAAGAAGGUGAUUUGAAGAAUUUUACAAAUGUAAAACCAUAUUUCCACAAAGACAAUAUAUAACCUUAAAUAUAAACCAUUUUAGCUAAUAUAUGCUUGAAUGCGCGUAGAUAUCCCUCUAUAGAGGCUAAUUUACUAAAAACCCUUCAUUUUGUAAUAUUACUUAUGAAAGAAGAUUGUAUGUAAUAAGUAGAUUUAUUAUGUACUGUUUUUAAGGAUUAAUUUGAAAAGUUAUUAGGAAACUAAGGCUAUGAUUUUUAAAAGUCUUUUACUUUAUUUGAGUCUAUUGGAAAUAUUGUACAAUAUGCUAAUUAAGCUAAUGGACUUACUAAUCUAGAAAAUGCUUUAUCUCCUUAUAUGAAUAAAAUAAUUAAUAAAAACAUUACUGACUUAGUAAGUUUUGUUCUUUAAAUUUAUUCUAUUAUUAUUAGGAAUAAUGAAAAUUAUACAGAAACAAAUACUUAUAAAAUAAUAUUUUUAUCUUUAAUUGAAUAAAAUAAUUGGAUAUAGGAAAAUAUUUCAGUUUUUCCUGCUUAUAUAGUUUAUAUAUCUGCUUAUAUUUAUAAAAAACCAUCAAUUAUGGGUGAAAACUAAUAAUAACUACAAUAAAUAUUAACAAAAUGUUUAUAAUUAAAAUAAGAUUCCUGCUUUUUCGAAUUUUGCAGGUUUAUAAUUAAUCUUUUUGAUCUGAAUGUACUUAGAUAGUCUGGAUGGUUAUCUUUUAUCUUAAAUACAUCAUUUUAAUACUAUUAAUAAUUGAAAAUUGAACAAAAUGGUGUACAAAAACAUUAAUUCGUUAAAAGCUUUGUUGUCUUUUUAUGUACUUUAAUAAACAAAUAUUCAACUUCAUAAUUAAUGUAAGACUUUGAUGUUUUAUCAGUUAUUCAUGAAGAACUUCCUUUAUUAAAAAAUAUAUCAGAUUAUUAGGAGAAAAAGAUUAUAUUUUCUGCUAUGUGUGAAGCUCUUUUCUAAAAUACCCAAAAUAUAGGCUAAUAAUAAUUUGCUGAUAUUUUAAAUGCUUUAGUUGAAAAUUUAGGAACACGUAGAUAUAUAAUAGGAAAAUAUGCUGAAAUAAGGGAGAAUUUGCAUAGUAUGGGAGGCUCUGGCUUCUAAAAAAUAAGUGCAUUGAAAGAAAAAAAAAUACUUUACCUGAUAUUGGUAAUAUUAAUUAAUAUUUUGCUAAAUCUUUUAAUGUUUUUUAUUAAUAACCUGCAAUUUAAUCAUCACUUAAUAUGGGAGGCAUUUUAACAUCUAAAAAUUAGGAAAUAUUAACCAAAAUUUUAAAAGAAAAUAAAUGAAUAAAAAUUUGAUAAAAAUUUUAUUCUAUAAUUUUAUGUUUUUUUAAAAAAAAUAAACAUAUAUUUUUAUUAAAUCUUUUAUUAUUUAUUUUCAGAAUUUAAUAUAUUGGAUGUUUACAUUAAUUAAUUGGAUUCUAAAUAAUUUAAAAUAUUAAAGUCUAUAAUUUAUAAUAAAGACAAAAUUUAUUUAUUUUAAUUUUUUGUUUCUUUUUUAUUUUAUUAUUAUAUAAAAAUACUAAUAUUAAUUAUAUAACUAUAUAAUUUUUACUUUUUUCAAAAAUAUUUAAAAAAUAUAUUAAUUUUUUUUCUUAAAAUAAGUUCAAUAUGUAAAAGAAAAACAAUUUCUCUUUUUAUAUGUCUAAAAAAAAAUACAUAUCAAAAAUAAAAAAAGUCUUUAUAAAAUAAUUAAUAUUUAAAAAAAAUUAUAAGAUUGAAAAAUAUUUUUUUAACUACAUAAUUUUAUAUUUUAUAUCAUACAAUACAAUACAAAUUCAUUCAAAAAGAAAAUACAGUAUAAUUUUUUGUCAUUGUUUUAUAUCAAUAUAAGGAAUUUUAUUUAUUUAUUCCUAUAAAAUAAUUUAAAUAUUAUGGGAAAUUUUAUGUCUUAAUUAUUUUUAUGGACUUAAAUUUUUUUAUUUAUAUAUUUACAUAUUUUCUUUUAAAGUAAUAAAAUAAUAAAUUGUUUUGUAAAAUAAAAAAAUAAUAUUCCAAAGUGUUUUUUUUUGGCUUUAAAAAUAUAUUAAAAUUCCAAAUAAUAUAAAUAUUUAAAAAAAUAUUUUUCCUUUUGAAAAUAAUUUUUAAUUUUAUAUGAUUUAUCAAUUUUCUAGAUAAAUUAUAUUUAAAUUCUAUAUAUUAAGCAAAUAUAUAAAUUAUAUAUAAAUGGGUUCAUUAUUUAAAGGAUUAUAAUAUUUAUCAAACUUAAUAAUAUAAAAAUUUAUUUAUUUAACUUUUUUUUACUAAGCAUACACUUAAACGUUGUAUUUUUUCAAUUUUUUUGUUUUUCCAUUUAUGCUUUUCAUUUUAUUAAUUAAUAUUUCUGAAAAUU